UCACAUUAACCAAUAUCAUAACACGUGAUAACUGAUAAAGAACCCUUUUUCUGUUUUCUCAUAUUAUCUAUCUCUUUCAAGAAGACAGAAGAAGAAAAGAUCAUCAAGACCGAUCUCGUAGACUUUAAUUUCUUUUCUUGUCUUCUGUCAAAAACCAGAAAGAAACUUUUCAAGCAGAAGAAACAAAAGAAGAAUCUCAUAGAUUCGUGAGCUUCACGACGAUGGAGUCUUUGAAGAACAGAACGUUGCUUAAGGUCAUCGUCCUCGGAGAUAGCGGGGUUGGCAAAACUUCAUUGAUGAACCAAUACGUGUACAAGAAGUUUAAUCGACAAUACAAGGCCACUAUCGGAGCAGAUUUUGUCACCAAGGAGCUCCAUAUUGAAGACAAAGCUGUCACUUUACAAAUAUGGGAUACUGCUGGACAAGAGAGAUUUCACAGUCUAGGAGCUGCGUUCUAUAGAGGUGCUGAUUGUUGCGUUCUUGUCUACGACGUUAACAAUCUCAAAUCUUUUGAAACACUCAACACUUGGCACAUGGAGUUCCUCAAACAGGCAAAUCCUGUUGAACCUGAGAAAUUUCCAUUUGUUUUGAUUGGGAACAAAACCGAUGUAGAUGGUGGAAACACCCGAGUUGUUUCGGAUAAGAGAGCCGUUGAAUGGUGUGGUACGAAGGGAAACAUACCGUACUAUGAAACCUCUGCAAAGGAAAAUAUCAAUGUGGAUGAAGCUUUUUUGGGUGUUGCACACAAAGCUCUCUCCAAUGAACAUAAACAAGACUACAUAUAUUCCAGAGAUUUGUCUGCAUCUGUUACAGACAUUCUUGAGGAGCCGUCAAGACCAGGCUGUUCUUGCUGAUUCAUAAGUAACACAUCUGAUCAAUAAUAUCGAUUCGAAGCUCUUGUCUUUUUAUUUAAUCAUAUGUUGGUGUAUAUCAAUUAUUGCGGUUUAGUAACAAAAUAACUGGUACAUGCAACGACCUGAGUGUUUUGAUUCAUGUGUAGCAUUCUAUUUAAUUUUGUUCAUGUUAUUGUUGAUACAUUCAAACAAUCAAAAUCAUUUGGAACAUUCGAUCUAUUGGUGUUCCAUUGUUAUU